AUCCCCAUUAUAUGUGUGAUAGGAAUAGUAGGGAAUACCCUUGCUGCUGGUGCCUUUUUCAGUGCCCAACUUCGCACUAUUUCCUGUUGCCUCUAUUUAGGAGUAAAGUGUCUCUCAGACAUUGGCUUCCUCGUGUCUUUAUUCGUCGUUUGGCUGUAUCGUGUUCACGUUCCAAUAUUCAGCCUUAAUGUCAUCUGCCAGACGACCAUUUUCUUGUCGUAUAUUUGUGCUUUCUCGUCGGUAUGGCUCGUUGUAAUUAUAACAUUUGAGAACUUUAUCCGAAUCAGUCAGCCUCAGUUAGUUCCGGUGAUCUGCACGUCCCGCAUGGGAAAAAUUGUGAUAACCUCUUGCACCAUAAUUUCUCUCUUACUAUACAACUUCCCUCUGUGGACAACUGGCAUCGUCGAGGACGCACAAGGGACAUUCUGCUCAACGUAUGGUGAAUUUCAGCAAGCGACUGUCAUUCUGACGUACAUCGACACGAUGCUCACGUUAGUCUUGCCGUUUUUCCUCAUGGUCAUUCUGGUCGUGCUGAUAACCAUUGCAGCUAUACAAGCGUACGAACGUAAGAAACGGUUGUUCAUGAAUCUAAUACGGCCGAUCAAGAAGGGGAAAAGCCCCGAAGCUCAAGUGACCAAGAUGUUGUUUGCGGUGUCCGUGGUAUUUUUGGUUCUCCACACGCCGAUCCAUGGUAUCCGGAUUAAGCUCAUGAUU